UCCUUGUUCAUUUCUGUCUGUGCUGGCUUCGGGUGUGGAGAAAUGUUGCUUCCUGUGUGUCACCAGCAACCACUGUUACCUCCCAAAACCUCACCCGAUCGAAUUUUCCCGCCAUUUCUGAUUCCCAGAACCCUUAUUUCACUACGUAGAGCGAGCUUCGCCGUCGUCCGUAGUUCUUCCUCCGACCGAAAGACUCUUCCCCAAUCGGCCAUCCAGAGAAUCGCUGAUAAGCUCCGCAGCCUUGGGUUCGCGGAAGAAGAGACUAAUCCUCAUGAUUCUACUCCGACUACGUCUUGUCAAAAUCCCCCCGGAGAGAUAUUCGUUCCGCUGCCGAACCAGCUUCCGAUACACCGGGUCGGGCACACUAUUGACACUAGCUGGAGCACGCCCAGUUACCCGGUUCCGAAGCCCGGGUCGGGUACCGCCAUCUCCAGGUACCAUGAGCUGAAGAGAGUGUGGAAGAAAGAAAAGGCCGUUGAGAGGAAGGACGCGGAGAAGGUCCCGUCGUUGGCGGAGUUGACAUUGCCUCCGGGGGAGCUGAGGCGGCUGAGGUCGGAUGGGAUAAGGUUGACGAAGAAGAUAAAGAUAGGAAAGGCAGGGAUAACGGAAGGGAUAGUGAAUGGGAUACACGAGAGAUGGAGGACAAGGGAGGUUGUCAAGAUAUUCUGCGAGGAUAUCUCCGCUAUGAACAUGAAACGCACCCAUGACGUUCUGGAGACUAAAACUGGAGGAUUGGUCAUUUGGAGAUCUGGAAGCAAGAUUUUGUUGUAUAGAGGCCUCAAUUAUCACUACCCUUAUUUUCUGUCUGAUGGGAGUUCUUCUCUGGAAUCUGCUUCAGAGAGUGAUAGUAGAGAGAAACAGACUACUGCAGAGUCUUCUGCCACUAGUGUUACUACUCAUAAAAUGGUUAAGCCCUUGUUAGUACAAGGCGUUGGUUCUCCGGAUAAGGUUCGGUUUCAACUACCUGGGGAAGUUCAGCUAGUUGAAGAAGCUGACCGCUUGCUGGAAGGAUUGGGUCCAAGAUUCACUGACUGGUGGGCAUAUGAUCCCCUUCCAGUAGAUGGUGAUCUUCUGCCAGCCAUAGUUCCUGAGUACAGGAGACCAUUUCGUCUUCUCCCGUAUGGCGUGAGUCCAAAACUAACCGAUGACGAAAUGACCAUUUUAAGGAGACUUGGUAGACCACUCCCUUGUCAUUUUGCUUUAGGUAGAAAUAGAAAUUUGCAGGGACUAGCUGUUGCAAUUGUCAAGCUCUGGGAGAAAUGUGAGGUUGCCAAGAUAGCGGUGAAGAGAGGAGUGCAGAACACUAAUAGCGAGCUCAUGGCCGAAGAGUUAAAGUGGUUGACUGGAGGGACUCUGAUAUCCCGGGAUAAGGAUUUCAUUGUCUUGUACAGAGGAAAGGAUUUCCUACCAUCUGCAGUUUCUUCUGCAAUAGAAGAGAGAAGGAGACAAACAAUGAUGAUGGAGAAAUCAAGUGUGCAUGGUGGUAAUAAGCUAACUGAAAACGAAGAGGAAACAAAACCUCAGGCUGGUACAGACGACACUGAACUAGAAGCUGAAUAUAAAAAAGAGCAUCAAAUGAAACCAAGACAGCCGAAAUCUCCUGAGGCAAUCCUUGAAAGAACUAGUAUGAAGCUGUCCAUGGCGUUAGAAAAGAAAGCAAAUGCAGAAAGAAUUCUGGCGGAACUGGAUAGUAGAGAGACCCCGCAACAGUCUGAUAUCGAUAAGGAGGGUAUUACUGAAGACGAAAAGUACAUGCUACGGAAAAUUGGCUUGAAAAUGAAGCCUUUCCUUUUACUAGGUAGACGAGGCGUCUUUGAUGGAACGAUAGAGAAUAUGCAUCUACACUGGAAGUAUAGGGAACUUGUGAAGAUUAUUUGUAAUGAACGGAGCAUUGAAGCUGCACACGAAGUAGCAGAAAUCUUGGAAGCAGAAAGUGGGGGCAUUCUAGUUGCCGUGGAGAUGGUAAGUAAGGGCUAUGCAAUUAUUGUUUAUCGUGGCAAGAAUUAUGAGAGGCCUUCAUGUCUACGACCUCAAACACUUCUUAGUAAGAGAGAGGCUCUGAAGCGAUCUGUGGAGGCACAACGUCAAAAGUCAUUAAAGCUGCAUGUGCUGAAACUUUCCAACAACAUUGAUGAAUUGAACCGUCAGUUGGUUGAGGACAGUACGACCAAGGAAACGUGUUCAGAUGGGGAACCAAGUAACAGAGUGAUCCAAGAAGAAACAGAAAAUCAGAAUGUUGAACCUGAGAAAUCAAAAGGAGAAACUGAAUUCGGCUAUUCUUCUGACUCAACUGUUCCUUCCUCCAGUGAAGAGAGCUGGGAGGAUGACAGCGAAGAUGAAGUCAACCAAUCUACUACGAGCAGUCAUGCGUAUCAAAAGGAUGAAAAUGGGCCUGGCUCCUCUCGGAGACAUGAGGGUGGUACUGCAAAUAUAUCUGUACUUACAGAACCGGGUUUUGCCGAGGCUUCGUCAUUUCAUGAUAGAUCAAUUCCGCGCAAUAGCUUCCUGAAUGCUGAGCGAAAUGUACCAACUGGACAAGAACUGGGAUCAUCAACUAGAAGUGGCUCAGAAAUCUCAGCUCUGACAGAGAGCAAAAGAGAAAAUCAUGGAUCGGUCGCAGAUCUGUCCAAUAGAGAAAGACUCAUCCUGAGAAAACAAGCCCUCAAGAUGAAGAAGCGCCCACCCUUUGCAGUAGGAAGAAGCAACGUUGUAACCGGUUUAGCUAAAACUCUGAAGACGCAUUUUCAGAGGAACCCUCUAGCAAUUGUAAAUGUCAAAGGGAGAGCCAAGGGAACAUCUGUGCAAGAAGUCAUCGCAAAGCUAAAGGAAGAAACAGGAGCUCUUCUGGUGUCGCAGGAGCCAAGUAAAGUCAUACUUUACAGAGGUUGGGGAGCAGAAGAAGAAAUGAAAAGCUUCUACCCAAAUAGCAAUGUUAAAAACUCUAUAAAUCUAACAUCUUCUUCACAAAGAAGGCUUGUUAGUGAUCCUCCUCCUGUAUCUCCUGCCCUCAUUGAAGCCAUAAGACUUGAGUGUGGAUUGGAGUAAAGUUUUUAUUCUAUUAUGAAUAUCUCUUUACUUUUACAAUAUUGACUAUUUUCUCAGCUAAAAAUCAAUUCAGAUGACUGAUAUAAUCAGUCAGAGAUAUAUACAA